CGGCUGUGGGACUCAGGCGCCAGGCGGACGAAGCGGCUCCGGGAAGACUCGGUCUUCCCCAGCCGCCUGAGGUCACCGGGGCGGGGCUUCAGUGACAGGCCCGCGCGCUACCGCGGAAACAGGAAGUUGGCUGGGUGCGCGCCGGCUCGGGCUGCAGUUCCCGGGUCCCUCGGCCACAGAAGCCGCCCUGCCCUGAUGAAAGGGCUCCCGCACCACCCGGUGCUCCCCAUCUGCCUGGCGUUGUGCGCAGAGCUGGAAAGCAGCUGUUGUAUGUAUUCUUGCGCCCGUGUGACAACAUUUAAACUUCUAAAAACGGAACCUCCUUCCGUUUUAGGAUUGCAAGUUAACCUAGGAAAAACAGCAUUCUGCAAAUUAUUUGCUGGAAAAUCUCGAUGACUUAAGGCCCAUGUAUUACUUUGCAGGGGUCUCUCACUGUAGUUUACUGGUGCAGAUUUUUUAAAAAUCCAUCUUAUCAAAAAAUACCGCUUAAGGUGGAAAAUUUCAAAUGCAAGUCGCCGUUGAUGAGAUUGCAAUUAAUAUAUUUAAGAUAGUGAACUAGAGAAAAACUACAGAUAAAUGAAUUCUGAUUUUGGGGAGCAGAUGCCAACUUAGAGCCUCGUACCAAUCUCUCUGUCUUUAAAAGAAGCACUGAGGUGGACACUGCGGGUUGUGAGGUUCAGGAGGGGUAGGUGGCUGGCACAAGGUCACAGAGCAGCGCUGCCAUUUGGCUACUUCCCAAUUCAGCAUAGCUGCCGUCUCUGCCGGUGGUAUUCUCAGCAGGCAAGGUGAAAUACUCACCAAGGAAGCAGGGGCUAACUCCUCACAGAGCCCUCACGGUUUCCUGUUUCCUGACAAAAAGGUGCCCAGCUAAGACCUGAAUGCCAUCACCCUCCCCAGGGCUCUGCAGUUUUCUCGUGGUGAACCCUUGAUGGAUUUGUUGUUGCUUGAGAAAUGGCGAUGAUCGAAUUGGAGUUUGGAAGACAGAAUUUUCAUCCAUUAAAGAAGAAGAGUCCAUUACUGUUGAAACUCAUAGCUGUUGUCUUUGCUGUGCUUUUAUUUUGUGAAUUUUUAAUCUAUUACUUAGCGAUCUUUCAGUGUAAUUGGCCUGAAGUGAAAACCACAGCCUCUGAUGGUGAACAGGCCACACGUGAGCCUGUGCUCAAAGCCAUGUUUUUGGCUGACACCCAUUUGCUUGGGGAAGUCCUAGGCCACUGGCUGGACAAAUUAAGAAGGGAAUGGCAGAUGGAGAGAGCCUUCCAGACAGCUCUGUGGUUGCUGCAGCCGGAAGUUGUCUUCAUCCUGGGGGAUAUCUUUGAUGAAGGGAAGUGGAGCACCCCUGAGGCCUGGGUGAAUGAUGUGGAGCGAUUUCAGAAAAUGUUCAGACACCCAAGUCAUGUACAGCUGAAGGUAGUUGCUGGAAACCAUGACAUUGGCUUCCAUUAUGAGAUGAACACAUACAAAGUAGAACGCUUUGAGAAAGUGUUCAGCUCUGAAAGACUGUUUUCUUGGAAAGGCAUUAACUUCGUGAUGGUCAACAGCGUGGCGCUGAACGGGGACGGCUGUGGCAUCUGCUCUGAAACAGAAGCAGAGCUCAUUGAAGUCUCUCACAGACUGAACUGCUCCCGAGAGCAGGCACGUGGCUCCAGCCGGUGUGGACCCGGGCCUCUGCUGCCCAUGUCUGCCCCCGUCCUCCUGCAGCAUUAUCCUCUGUAUCGGAGAAGUGAUGCUAACUGUUCUGGGGAAGACGCUGCUCCUCCAGAGGAAAGGGACAUCCCAUUUAAGGAGAACUAUGACGUGCUUUCAUGGGAGGCAUCACAAAAGCUGCUGCGGUGGUUCCAGCCGCGCCUGGUUCUCAGUGGCCACACGCACAGCGCCUGCGAGGUGCACCACGGGGGCCGAGUCCCUGAGCUCAGCGUCCCAUCUUUCAGUUGGAGGAACAGAAACAACCCCAGUUUCAUCAUGGGUAGCAUCACGCCCACAGACUACACCCUCUCCAAGUGCUACCUCCCACGUGAGGACGUGGUUUUGAUCAUCUACUGUGGAAUGGUGGGCUUCCUUGUGGUCCUCACACUCACUCACUUUGGGCUUUUAGCCUCACCUUUUCUUGCUGGUUUGAACUUGCUCAGAAAGCGUAAGACAAGAUGAAGAGCAGGCGCCAUUAUAAAUAUCAAAGCCCAAGAAAUGGAACUGUGGGCAGAGAUCAUGUCAGAAUCAAGUGGAUGAUGAGACCAAUUACAGGCCAUCUCUCUGCACAGCACAGAAAUUCUCAAUCACUGAAAUGAGUAACUGCAAAAUAAAUAGUUGAUUGUACUGUUCUCAUGCUGUAAAAGUGGACAGGUACUCUACAACGAAUCUGUUUUCUCAUUUUUAUCAAAUAUAUGUAUCAUCAAAGGUUGCAUCUGUACAGUAUGUAAAUGCUAUUAAUGUCGUCACUCACAUGCACGACAGUCCUUGUUCCCUCAGGAAGGGCCUGAUGGCCCCAGCACACACUUGGGAUUAUGUGUAUACAUAAAUAUUGGGCUGUUUCCCUCUUCCUGUGAAGUGGUUCUCAAAUUCCUAUGUACUGUAAAGCUGUACCCUUAAAAGUACAGACGCGGCAGGGUGCAGUGGUUCACAUCUGUUAUCCCAGCACUUUGGGAGGCUGAGGCGGGUGGAUCACUUGAGGUCAGGAGUUCAAGACCAGCCUGGCCAACAUGGUGAAACCUCGUCUCCACUAAAAAUACAAAAAUUAGUCAAGCAUGGUGGCAAGUGCCUAUAAUCCCAGCUACUUGGGAGGCUGAGGCAGGAGAAUCCCUUGAACCCGGGAGGCGGAGGUUGCAGUGAGCCAAGAUCGCACCACUGCACUCCAGCCUGGGCAACAGAGUGAGACGCCAUCUCAAAAAAUAUAUUAAAAAAAAAAAAGUACAGAUGUGAUGUGCAGAACAUAUUGUUUUCGUAGAUUUUUAUACUUGAUCAAUUAAUGGAAUCAGAUUUUUAGAUAAGUGUAAUUUUCUCUAUAGGAGACCAAGUUGUUACAUCUGUUAAUGCCUGUCAGUGAUCAAAAGAAACUUAAAAAGUGGAAUGGGAUAUGGCUUUUGGUACCUGAAAAUAAAUGCUUUAAUAAUUGUAAGCCAGAUAAAA